AUACAACAACAUACCCAGUGUAGUUCCGUAAGUGGGGUCUAGAAAGGGUAGUGCAUACGCAGCCUUACCCCUACCUUGUGAAAUAUAAAGAGACUGUUUCCAAUAGACCCUCAGCCUAGGUAACGUGUAUCCUCCGCUCUUGUCAUAUUCUUAAAAAGAGUCACCAAAAGUGGAAGCAGAUAUGGUCAGGGAUUAGACAUGGGCUGCCAUGCCCCUGAUAUUGCAGAAAAAAGUUGCAUAAGUGGAUAAGCUUUAUUUAUUUCAGAAUGGGCCUUUUUGCAUCUUAUCCUAUCACCAUCUCAUUCAAGAGGAGAAGAUCAGUAAUUUGAGCCAAACCAGAGAAAAUACUUACAAUUAUGGCUGCUUUUGCUAUUACUUCAUUUACACAUACACCUUGCACCUCCCAUCACUUCAAGAAGAAACAAUGGCCUCGUCAAGCCAAAUCGAUGAAGAUUACAAAUGUUAUGACUCCAAAAGUCGAAGAACAAACACACUUAAAUGUUGUUGAAAUCAAAGAUAAAUCGUCUUUGCUUAUUGAUGAUAAUACAAAGACCACAAAUGAUGAUGAUGAAGUACAAGGUGGUACUACUACAGGUUCAUCAGAGUCUGAAGAUCUAAUAAGGUUUUCUGAUAAGCGAUGGAAGAAUGGGACAUGGGAUCUAACUAUGUUUGUCAAAAAUGGCAAAAUGGAUUGGGAUGCUGUCAUAGUAGUAGAAGCAAAGAGGAGGAAAUUUCUUGAACUAUUCCCAGAAGCAGCAACAAAUCAACAACCUGUGGUCUUUAGAAGUUCUAUCAUACCAUGGUGGGCAUGGAUGAUGCAUUCUCACCUCCCUGAAGCUGAGCUGCUAAAUGGAAGAGCAGCAAUGGUGGGAUUUUUCAUGGCGUAUCUAGUGGAUGUACUAACGGGACUUGAUGUGGUAGGCCAAAUGGGAAAUUUCUUGUGUAAAACUGCUCUUUUGGCAACAGUUGGAGGUGUAAUUUUGUUUAGGAAAAGGACAGAUUUUGAUAACUUAAAGAAGCUGGCUGAUGAAGCUACAUUUUAUGACAAGCAAUGGCAAGCAUCAUGGCAAGAUCAAACUUCUACUAAUGGUGAUUCCAAGCAACAGAGCAAAAAAUGAGACUAAUUGACUUGUUGUAUUGUAUUUGUCAUACACCAUGAUUGCCUAAUUAUAUACCACAAAUAUGUUAUAUUUGAAUGAUACAUUUAAAUAUUGAAAUAGUUUCAAAAAUCUCUCUUUAGA